CUUACAUCUCGUCGCAGUCGCAGUUGCAGUCGCAGUGGUCGAGGCUGCGACUGCCUCAUAAUUACUAUAUAUCAGGUGUACUUCGUACAAUGACAAAUAAAGCUUUCAGGCCAAAAGACACGUCCUUAAUUUCACGCUUCUCCAAUUACUCUUGUUCUCUUUUGCCAUAAUUCCUUAGUGCCACAUUUACUGAUUUCCCGGUGCUGUUAUGAAUUAAUAGAUGCUUCCUUUUACCUACCUACCUUAUCUCUCUCUCUCUUGUCUCUGGUUUGCAACUCUUUUUGAUUUAAGAGCCUACCUCUUUAUAUUCGCCGAGCACUGCCAUCUUCACUUUUCCCUGACUUAUUUAUCCCAGACCAUUCAAACAUGCCUCCCCGAAAGAGAGCUAAAGGUGCGACCGAAGAGAAAGCCGAAGAGCCCAUCAGAAGAUCAACCAGAGCAUCCAAGAGAUCUGCCCCCGUACAUGUUGACUCCUCUUCGGAUGAGCUCUCUUCCAAAAACUUAACUUUUCGUGGACACGAUGUGAAACUUUCAGACACCAAGGGCCCUUCUGAAGAAGAGGUCGGUGAUGAGAUCACUGUUCGCGUUACCCGCUCCAAGUCUCAUGCAAGCAGCCGCCCCUCAACUGCGAAGAGUGACUCCGCCUCCCAAUCACAUAAGCUUAGAAUUGUUUCGGCCCCAUCUGAGGUAGGAGACGUGGACAUAUUUGAUAUCGACAAUGAUGGGAAGGGAGAUGAACUUACUCACGAGGGACCGGCCAUGAAGAAGAGCAAGCCCAAUAUCAAUGAGAAGCCUUCAAACGGUCGAAAGUUUAGAUACAAGUAUGACAACCCUGACGAGAUGCUUACAAACCCCCUAUCACCACUAGCAACUGCCCAACUUCGAGAACUACUUUGCAGCAAAGUGGCUUGGGACCUAUUAAGCACAGAGGAGAAGCAGCAAGUACUUGCAAAGUUCCCAGACGAGAAGGAGAUUCUCGAUGCCGGCACCGAGAAUGCAAGGCCAAAUAUCACAUCGCUCAGAAACAACAACAACUUCCGGCACGAUAUAGUGCGGUACCAGGAUGACCUGAAAAAGGGAUGGCACGACCCGGAGUGGAUCCGACAGGCACAAGCUGCUCAUAGCAAGCGCGAGAUCGGCUUCUACAACGAGUAUAUUUCCGAUCGCUUUCGGGAAGAUUGGAACAUGGAAAUGCCGGGAGAGGAGGAUAAGGAGGAUGCACAUCAUAUUGAGGGACGUCUAGAAGUGAAAGUACCUGAGAAAGAUGGCAAUGCUCAAGAAGAAGGUCGAGAACGAGAUGACGAAGCACAGAAGAGCAGAGAAGACCAGGAUACAGACCCAAUGAAGGGUGUGACAGACACCUCUCAGGCGAAUGGAGAGGAACACUUGGACAAGAAGAGAUCGGAGCAGGUCGAAGUUUUGAAGGAACAGACAGGUGAUGUGAACAAAGGUGGAGAUUCGCAGGAGCAUCCUUCAGACAUAGCCAUGGAGACGAUGUAGGAUGAAUGGUCACGGUAAUUGUCCUGGCAAUUGUCCUGGCAAGAAGCCAUAUUGGACACUAUGAUAAUGAAAGGUACCACGAAGCUCUAACGAAAAUUAAAUAACAAUACUACACCACGUUUAGGAAGUUAGAAUCCCUAGUAUUCUUUACUGCCCGUUCGGUGUACAUAAUACCCUCGAUAGCCAUUACUUUACAGUAUCCCAGUUCUCGUCUCUUUCUUCUUACACCGCUAUAUCAACUACCACCAGCACAGCACAUGUCCCACCGUCGUCCAACAAUCAUUCACAAUCUAGUCGUCCCGAGGAUAUCGAGAUAAUAGAAGGCGGACAAGUAAAUAUAGGUAUACAAGCCAGCCAACAUCGUCUACUCUAAGACAAAUCGAGGCGUAUUAGUGAAAGCACUUAACCCAAGAUAGGAU